AUGUCUGAACCAGCGAACGUUCGUCUGGUUCGUUGCCCAAAGUGCGAAAACCUACUACCAGAGGUCACUGAUUACUCUGUUUAUCAGUGUGGUGCUUGUGGUGCUGUUCUUCGAGCGAAGAAUAAUACUGUUGAGGCAGAUUCAUUCUCAGAGAAGUCUGAUGAAGAAAGGAUAAGAGGGGUUUCAGAGAAAUUUUCUGAGAAAUCGGAGAAUUUUGUCUUAUUGGAUAAACGAAUGGUGAGGCGGGAGGUUUUCAGUGAUGGGUCUGAGAAUGAUUGUAAGUCGAAUGGUAGUUCUAGUAGAUCUGAGAAGAGGAAAGAUUCGGUGAUAAGAGCUGAUAAGUGGGGUGUUGAAAAUGAUCUGGAGAUCAAUAAGAAUAUUGAUGAAUUCGGUCAUGCAAAGAUGUCAAAAGAAUUUGAGAACUUGAGACUGCAACAGGGAAAUGCAACUGGGUCAGGAAGGCGAAUGUCAGAUUGGAGAUUUGGGGAGAGAGGUGAGAUGGAGGGGAUGAGGAGGACCGAAAGGUUUGAUGUAGAGGAUGUGAGAUAUUCAUCUUCAAAGUACCCUGAAGAGAGUCCUUCGAAUUACCAGUUACAGUUAGGGUCCAGUUAUGGUUACGAUGAGCCAGAGAAGAAUAGGAAUGACUCAAGUGGGUUUAAUAAGGUGGAGUAUUAUGAACAAGAUCGAGCAGAGCUUUUGAAGAGAAUUGAUGAGCUGAAGGAUCAAAUUAGUAGGUCUUGUAAUGUAGCCGACAAACCCCAAGAAAAGGUUCCUCCAGACAGGAGGAUAGUUCAUCAGGAUCCUUAUAGUGGUUCUGAGUACUGGAUUCCUGAUGUCUCUUUGGGGUUGAAAAGAGCUUCAAUGCAAUAUCCUGCAGCUGAUAAACAUGUUGCAAGACCUCCUUAUAUUAGUCCUUAUGCAGAACCAUCUCCUUUUUCAAGUAAGCAGGAAAUGCUUAUGCAUAAUUUUUACCCUCCAAUUCAUAGAUCAUAUCAAAGUCAAGGAUUUGGCGAUCCUUUUAGAUCCCAUAUGCCAAGGAGAGUACCCCUCCAAGCACCAGGUCCUUUCCAACAGCAGCCACCUCACCCAUACUAUUCCGGGCUCUAUAUGGACAAUGAUAUGGUCCAGAAGGAUCCAUAUGAAACAUACCCACCUGAUAUGAACCCUCAUCAUCCAUCUUGCUCCUGUUUCCAUUGCUACAACAAAUACCACCAAGUUCCUCCACCUGUUAGAACUACUGGCUUCUAUGACAAAAGGGUUUCAACUGUCCCGAACGACCCGAUGUUCUCUCAUCAUGAACACCUUGGUGCAUUUGGUCCACAACAUUGUAAUAGUAAAAUUUCCAAUCCUCCUCCAUUUAAUAAUCCUAAUCCACAAUUCCAUACAAGAUGGUCCAGUGAUGUUAAUUCUGAAGUGGGUGGAUUUGUUCAUCGCCGUCCUCCAAGGGUAGUGGCGGCCCCUGGUGUGCGGCAUUGCCGCCCCAUAGCUGGUGCUGCUCCAUUUGUGGCAUGUUGCAAUUGUUUUGAAUUGCUGGAAAUGCCUAAGAAAGUUUUGCUCAUGGGAAAAAUUCAAAAGGAGAUGAGAUGUGGGGCAUGCUCUACGGUCAUCCUUUAUGAAGUUACCAACAAGCGACUUCUUGUUUCUGUUGCUGGAGAAGCAAAGAAAACUUUCGCAGAGGUUGAUAAUAGCUCUAAUGUAGUGAAGAAAGAUGGUAAUUCACAUAACCAUGGCCAUCUAACUGGGGCUAGCAUGAACUUUUCAUCCGAGGAUUAUGAUAAUUCCGGUUGUGAUUAUCAGUCAAUGGAUAGAGAACUGGUUUCAUCAUCGACAGCUCAGGGUUUUAACUCAAACAAGUCUGCAGAAAUGAAGAGCCUUCUAGCUACACCUUCCUGUACUUCUGACGAUGAGGACGAUCCAGAGAGUUUGACUGCUGCAAGAAAAAAUGCCAUCUCUGCUGAGCUGCCAAUUAAAGUUGAUGCGUCACCACCAGCUGCUGGUUCACCCCUUCAAGAUCAUUUUGACUACUCUACUAAAUACCAUCGAUCUGGAAAGGGAAAUGUGAGUGGACGCUCUGAACAGGAGAAAGAGAUGCCAAAGAGGGUUGUUUCAUGGCAAAAUUCUAUGAAAGAUUCAUCACUCGCAACUGAGAUUGAUAUAUCAUCCAAUGAGUACUCCAAUACUGGGACAUCUCAAGAUUCAAGUGAAGUGAGUAGAGGAGAAGGUCAACUGAGAGCCAACAAAAGAGCUGAAUCAUUCUUUGGCGGCAUUAUCAAGAAGGGCUUCAGGGACUCUUCUAAAUCUAGUCAAACUGAUGAGGAGGACAGUACCAAUGUUACA